GAGCUGGGAACAUUCAUUGAUGUUGAACUGAAGCAGAAGAUGGAAGCCAUGCAGGCAGCAGCUACUGCCUUAAUGCAAACAAACGAGGGUGUUCCUGCCUCGGAGGAUUUCAACCGUCAGAUUAAAAGUCAGGUGGAUGCGCUUUUGGAGAAACACGCGGACAUCCUGGAACGACAAAACCUCCUUCGUACCAGAGGAACUACCACCUCCGAACGGCAUUCAAAGCUCAGCGAUAGCAAGGAAGCUCUCAAACAGGCUGUUCGGACAGCAAGCGAGAAGCUGGGUAAAGUGCAGUCGGGUCCAGACUUCUCCAAAUCCCCCGCCAGGAAUCUGGACAGAUCCAAAACUUGGCUGGCCGAUUGCGAAGCAAUAUUCGAUCUUCUGAAUUCCAACCAACAAUACUCAAUCGAACUAGAUGCCCUGUUGUCGGACUUGCGUAGUCACGGAUCUCCAACGCAUGCAGAAGCUGUCGCAGUGCAAGAAGCCUAUCACAAACUGCGCGAGGAAGUUGUUGAUCACCUCGAAUCGGUGCGCUCCUUUGUAUGCAUCUACAAGCAGUUUCAGGAGAACUUGUCCUCCAUGUCUUCGACGCUCGCAAGCCUGGAAGGCAUCACUUCCAGCCGCCGGCCAACGACGGUCAAUUUGGAGGAUUACAGCAGCUUACAGCUGCGCAUCCCUAAACUUGAAGAGGCAAUGCAACGAGAGGAGGCGCUGAGGCAGCAACUGAAGGGCCUUCAGGCCCUGGCCAAUCAGCUUAGCGACCUUGAAAUGCCAAAAUUCUCGAGUGCAUCAACUUCCGCCCAACGGGAAACAGAGGCCAUUGCGAAGAAGGUGGAUGAAUACUUUGAGGCAAUUCGCAGCGACUAUGACAGGGUAAUGGCGCGACUGAGGGAACACAGCGAUCUCGAUUCCAGGCUGACGGCCUUUGAGCAGUGGUUGAAACCACUGGAAGCUCAACUCUCUCAGCAGUCACCUUCUUUGGAAAGUCCCGCCUCCAUGGAAACCCUGCUUCACCGUUGUCAGGCCUCAGCCCUGCAAUACGCCGAGGUCUCCAGCGCUCUGAACUCCGAAGGCCCAACCCAGAUUGCGGAACUGGUGGAGACCGCGGCCAGCGCGCCAGUGGGUGGUUUCAGAGAACGGGCUCUUGCACUCAAGGCCCGUCUAACUGCCGCUAUCAAGUCUGCAGAAGGCAAGGAACAUCAGGUGGAGAAGAACCUGUUCCUGUGGAAGGAGGCCAUCCUGGGAGUGCGGGACAUCACCGCGUCGCUGGAUGCAUUUGAGGAGACCUUGGGGAAAUUGGAGGACCAGGCUGAACAUCCACAACCUCCAGCGUCGACAGUGGCAGAACUUGUCAGCGUCAAACAAAAGAGUUUAGCGUCAAAUAUCCGACAGUUAGAAGAUAUGACUGCCAUGGAGAAGGACGUAGAGAAGAGGCUGGCAGUGCUACGACAGCGCGUCUCCAAACCACCCGAUCGCAUAGAAGACCUGCGGCAGGUGGGCGAACGCCAGAAGGGGAUCAGUGAUCGUCGCCAGCGCCUGCAACGCCAGCUGGGCAAGGAGAUGGAGCUGUGGGGACGUUUUUCUGAGGCCGCUAAGGCC